CUCCAACGGUGGGAAACAGUUGUGCUCCAAACGCUAUUUUUCCUCACACACAUCUAUAAAUAGGCCCCCCAAAAACGGCCCACGGACCGCGAGACCACGUAUACUUUCAUAAAAAUUUCAAUUCGAUUUUCCUGGGGGUGAAAAAGGCGAGUCAAGAGACAGUCGAAGGUUGAGAAAGGCGGCAAUUUUAUCAGCUUUUUUCCCUCUCCUGAUAAAGAAACGCCUCACAGUGCGCAGGCUUCCGUUGUGCUUUCCUUUCCCACCGUCACGAGUGGACAUCAAUCCCAGUGACUAUUUAUAAGUGACGAAAAUGCGUGGCUGAGGCGUGUUCUUGCUCUCUGUCUCUCUGGAAACCUUAAAAGAGUUCAGGGUAGUUUUCUUCCCCCGCGCGUCGCGAGGCGAGAUUUUUUCCGUCAACCCCUAUUGAACUUUCCGCCACAAUGGGACUCCUGAAGCGCCUGAAGAAGUCUCCCGGGGGUGGAGAUCCCAACUCUCCCACUUCUCCAACGCACAAUGAGCAGCAGAAGAAGAAGAAAAAGUCGCGGCGAAAGUCAUUCUUUUCGCUCAUUUCCCCCAGUGACGUCACCGAAGGAUCGCUACAAGUAUGGGCAGGAUUGCCGCCAAAGAUCCGGCAGGAUCCGAGUCUGGCCUCCUUCCAGAUGGAGCACAAUCGCCUGCACGGCGGUGAUUCGCACGAAGAGCAGUUGUGCGGCACGAGUGAGGAUAGCCACCCGGAGGAGAUCGCACUGGCGGGCCACGAGGACGACCAGGAGUCCUCUGACCACUCCGAGUCCUUCAUCACCAUCAAAGUGCCGGCCAGCCAGGAUACCCACAAGCCCGACGAGCUCGAAAUCAGCACGCAUCCAAACCCUUCUCAUCACUCUCCAGACUCCCAUCACACUCCAGAAUCUCAUCACUCCCCUCACAAUUUGCCCCACAAUGCCCACUUUUACCUUCAUCAUGACGAUCACAAGGAGGAUCCGAGGAGGAAAUACUUGAAGACGGGCUUCUUGAUUGUCUGCUGGCUCACCUUCGCCAUUCUCCUGGUGCUGAAGAAGGAGAAGAUCUUGACCACCAAGACCCUGUCCGUGCCCUACAAUGACUUUAAGGGAUACGAAAUCAGACCAAUGCCUGAAAAUCAUGUCCGGUUGACGCUGGAAGGAGCUUUUCUGCCCAAUGAGUACACAAAUGAAACCGUGGAGUAUUUGACAGUGGCUCUGCAGCUGGUGACCUUUGGCUUGGACACCAAUGACACGAUCAGUGUGGGAGAGGCUCAGUUGCUGGAGAACAUUGGGGAUGUGUGGAGAAUCCCUUUGGUUAACACCUCGAGCCUCGAUAAAGCGCCAAUCAUUAUGAAGAAACAUCAAUUCACCGUUGAUCCUGAUCACAUAGCCUAUGAUAAUCCCGAUCUUGGCGUGAGAAUUAACAUGUGGACGACGAAACUGAGUGAGGACUUUGCUGUGAAAUUGACUUAUGACGUGAAGCCGAUGAAUGAAGAAGUUGGCGUGAUUUACGCGGCGAUCAUCAUGAUUCUGCUCUAUGUUUUGAUCAUUUGGGAGAUUGUUCAUCGCACAUUUGCCACAUUGAUCAUGUCCACGCUGGCAGUGGCGAUACUGGCGGGACUUGACGAUCGUCCACAAUUUGUCGAGAUCAUCCAGUGGCUGGACAUUGAGACAAUCAUGCUCCUCAUGUCCAUGAUGAUCUUCGUGGCUGUGCUCACGGAAACUGGCGUAUUUGACUUGAUUGCUGUGUACACAUUUAAAUGCACAGGAGGCAGGAUCUGGCCACUGAUCCAUGGCCUCUGCGCUAUAACAGUUCUCGUCUCGUCCUUCCUGGACAACGUGACGACACUCCUUCUCCUGGCCCCAAUCAGUAUCAAGCUCUGCGAAGUGGUUGAGCUGAAUCCCGUGCCGAUUCUCAUGGCAAUCAUCGUGCACGCCAACAUUGGCGGCACUCUAACGCCCAUCGGUGAUCCUCCCAACGUCCUAAUCACCACAAAUCACUACAUUGCUAAGCAUGGCGUGACUUUCCUCACUUUCACCAUUCACAUGGCAGUUGGUGUGAUUAUCGUGAGCAUUCAGACGAUGAUUCAACUGAGGAUCAAGUACAGAAAACUGUCAGAUUUGCGUCUGAAGAUCCCAUCACAGAUUCAGGACCUUCGACGCGAGAUCGCAGUGUGGAAGAGGGCAGCUGCCUCACUCUCCUCCUACUCCAAGGAUGCCGAUCUCGUGCGCGAAACCUUGCAGAAGAAGGUGAAGAUAUUGCAGCAUCAGCUGAAGAAGAAGUCCACAUCUUGUGGCGUUGAGACAGCAGUCUACAAAUCCACCAUGGAUGAACUGCAGAAAACGUAUGGCAUCAAGAACAAAUCACUUCUCAUUAGGACAGGAAUAGCCUUACUCUUCACCAUCGCCCUGUUCUUCAUUCAAUCCGUGCCGGAGUUUCAACGCCUCACGCUGGCUUGGUCAGCACUUCUGGGCAUGAUGUUGCUUCUCGUGCUCACGUCAAGAGACGAUCCCGAAGCCUUCGAGGUAGUCGUUGCCAGAAUUGACUGGGCUGUUCUGCUCUUCUUCGCGGCUAUGUCCUGCAUAAUCGAGGCUGUCUCUAAGCUGGGCUUCAUCCACUGGAUAGGGAAGCAGACGGAAGCCGUUAUUAUGUCUUGCUCUGAAGAUUCCAGACUCGCAGUGGCCAUCAUUCUCAUCCUUUGGGUGACGGCCAUCACUUCGUCCUUUGUGGACAGCAUUCCGGUCACAACAAUGAUGAUCCGCGUCGUUGUUUCCCUGGCAGAGAAUCCGGCUCUCGGACUGCCUCUGCAGCCGCUGGUCUGGGCCCUGGCCUUUGGCACUUGCCUGGGUGCCAAUGGGACUCUGGUGGGAGCGUCUGGGAAUAUCUGUGCUGCCGGCAUAGCUGAGCAUCAUGGCUACAAAAUCUCCUUCAUUGACUACUUCAAAUUCGGAUUCCCUCUGAUGUUGGGCAGUGUCGUUGUGACCACUGGUUACUUAAUGGUGUCUCAUGUACUUUUUACCUGGCACUAGAUUAGACAAAAUACUUAUUUUGAUGAAUUUUACCCAUUUUGUGUGCUCCUUUAGAAUGUUAGAAGAGCAUAUUUUUAUGAUAGACAUGUACUUAGGGAUGGUUACCUCAAUAAAGAAUAUGUAAAUAAA